GUCCACAAAAGAGGCGCUCUCGCCGCCGGGGGCCUCCUCCCGCGCGCCGUCAGCUUCGCGGAGAAGUCCCCCCCGUGACGUCACCCUCGUCCUCGCCGAGGAAACCCGCGUCGCCGCCGGCGAUGGUCGCCGCGCAGGAGCCGAGGAAGGAGUGCCCGCCGGACCUAAGGAGCGGACUAUUCAGUGCCGACGACUUCCGCACGUACAGCCGCAAGCUUUGGGUGCAACCUGAAAUGGAGGAACUUCGCACCGCAUUCAGCAAACUAAGGAAGCUGUUCGUAUGUGGUAUAUUUGUUGAAUUUGACAUUUCAUGGAUGACAGCUUUCUUGCAGCAGCACCAUCUAUCGAAAUGUUGCAUAUUGAGGUAUGGGAACAUACAUGCGGUGUGGGCGAGGCCAGACCUGCUUCCUACCAUGACAGAAAGAGUCCUCGGUGGGAAAUGUACUUGGACAGCAGCUCCGAGAACAGGCUUCUAAAAGAGCUAGAAUUUGCUGGAUUUAAAUCAAUCGAACAACAGUUUACAUUUAUAAGAUCCAUGUUGGAACGAUGUCCCAACUUGCAGAAGAUAGUUCUGAGAGAUGAGGAGCAGUGCGAUGACUGCGACACCCUUAAGGUACCUCGUCCUUCGAGAUUUCCAAGGAAGGAAGAUGAGCAAGAAAUGGUGGUUAAGCGGAUUAGAGAUGAAAUGUUCUCGCCAGAGAUACUUUUUUAUGAGUACGAAGAGAGCUGACAUAUCUCAGUCCAAAUAAUUUUUUAUACUUAUAGUUAACAGGGAUCUAGGCACAUGACCUGUCUUACAACCAGCACUAUGAACAAUCUGCAAGUAACACACUCUUCACUGGAAAUAACUAACGAAGCAAGAAGAUGAUAUCUUUUGGUUACCCGCGGUGAAGUGAUUACUUUAUGCAGCUCAUCCAUGGAUUUCAUCCUGACCAUGCAUUCAGAGAGUGUGUAUUCGUAAUUCUCGGGCCUGCUGUCUCUAUACCCAGCAAACUUGUCUUCUUUCUGACUCAAGUCAUCAUCUUUUUGAGUCGCGCUGUCUUCUUUCUGAAAUCAAAGGCCUUCUUUACAGCAGCAAAAUAUCUGGGAGAUAAUUUCAUGAGCGAUAGACAG